AUGAGCGGCAUUGACAUCACGAGGAGCUUAGAAGACGUAUCAGGGGACGGCAACGACGGCGAGUCAGACGACCACGUGGUGCGCCUCAAGUUCAAAGAUGACAACCACACACGCGACUGGGAAGGCGGGCUGUGCCAGUGCUGGUACCACGACACACUGCCUCUCUGCGCCAUCACCGCCGUUCUCCCCUGCAUCACCUUCGCAAGGAUUGUGAAUCGCGCUCGGCUAGGCGACGGGGUUAGAGCCGGUGUGCAGUUUCUCGUGCUGUUUCUUCUCGUGGGGUUUGUGACGUUUUUCUUUCAGAUUGUCGGGGGAGGGUGGCAGGAUGCGGAGGGGAAGCUUCAGAUUUCCGGCUGGGCGUUGUUCUUGCAGAGUGUGGCAAUGUGGGAUUCUGUUAUGGCUUCUGGCUUGAGCGGAAGUGGAGGAGGGGUGAGAGGCGAGGCUGUUGGGGGUGGGGAUGAGGAAGCAGGGGCAGCAGGUGGGGGAGGGGGUGCAUGGGAAGGAGGCAUGCAAGGGAACGACUGGGGAGGGUCGUGGGGAGGGCACGGUGUGUGGGAGAGGGUUAGGAACUGGAGCGGGGGUGAUAAUGGAUGGAGAGGGGCAGGGUGGGGUAGCAUGGGGGCGGGGAGUGAGAGGGUGGGUAGUGGUGCAGGGAGCAGUGGGAGAGGGGCAGGGGAGGUGGAGAUGGGGGAGGGGGAGGAGGAGAUGAAGACGGGAGGAUUGGUGCUGUUCUCGAUGCCUGCCAGAUGGCAACCCACCACGUCAGCUUGGCACCCCACCACCACUGAUGUGGAGAUUUGA